CCAGUCGGACUGAAGAUGGCGGCGCGCAGCAGGUUGCCGUUGGCGGCGCGCGGGGGGUUGCUCUUGCCGUUACCGUUGGCGGCGCGCGGGGGGUUGCCGUUGGCGUUACCGUUGGCGGCGCGUGUGAAUAACGGGCGGCGGUUGAGCUGCGGGCGCGCGGCGCUGAGCUCGGCCCCGGCCCCGGUCCCGGUCCCCGCCACCGCCACCGCCAUCUACCCGCCGCUCCUGCCGUCCAGGACCGCCAAAAGCAAGGCGGCUAAACGACGGCGGGAGGAGGAAUUCUACCAGCGGGUUCACGACAGCCCGGUGCCGGCCGACAAGCUGCAGCUGCUCAACAAGCUCCAGCGGCUCAAGUACGUGGUCAGUCCGCAAACCACGGCGAUCGGGGCGGACCGCUGGUACCAACACUUCACCAAGACCGCAUUCGUGCCGGGACUCCCCGCCGCCGGCCUGCCCGCCCCGCUCCCGGCCGCCCAGCUGGCAGAGCUGCGCUCGCUGGUGUCCGAGGCCGUGAUGCAGGAGCAGUUCUACCUGAAGAGGCGGCCGCCUUUCCUGUACCGUGAGCGGGAGCAGACGGCGCUGCCCCUCAUCGGCAACUUGGUGCCGCUGCUCGUCGGCAGCUUGGUCGACCGCAACCCGCUGCUCGGCCUCGCCACUCUGGAUCGUGAACCACAAGUUGGUUUUUACUGGUCUCGGGGUGAACGAACUGUUCCAAAGGGACACCGGAAAAGGAAGGUUGACCCUAUUCGUUUCCAGAUUGAAGACAAACCUUGGUGCCAAAUUCGGGUUCCUCAACAACUCUCUGAGUUUGUGCCAUUGGAAAAUUCAAUCCCUGAAGAUGUUCCUGUUAUUCAUAUGGAACCAAGCCGACUCCCAUUGUUUCAAAGACAAUAUGACAAUAACAUUUUCAUUGGUUCAAAGGUUGCUGAUCCUGCUUGCUAUGGGCAUACGCAGUUUCACUUUGCAUCUGAAAAACUGAGACGAGAAAAACUUGUAAAAGACAAACUGGCUGAUCAAAUUGAAGUGCGUUUACGAGCUGCUGGCAUCGCAAGUCUGUUUGCUUGGACUGGAGCGCAAGCAGCCUAUCAAGGAUUCUGGAGUGAGGCAGAUGUGAUCAGCCCAUUUGUCUCUCAAGCUGUAAUUACAGAUGGGAUUUAUUUCUCCUUCUUUUGCUAUCAGUUGAACACUUUAGCAUUGACGGUUCGGGCAGAUCAGCAUAAUCUCCGAAAGAACAUUUGCUGGGGGACGGAGAGUAUGCGUCUGUAUGAGUCUAUUGAGGGAGAAGAUAUAAAAGGGUUCAAUGAUGAGGUUCUGGACCUUCUUGUUCGGUUUUUGCUCAAUAGACCAAAAUCAGUGGAAAUUAAGAUAAGCUGAAUGUAAAAUCUCUUCUAACUUUGAAUUAAUUUAAAAUGUAUAUUAUAGAUUAUAAUGAACAGCACCACACUUAUGAUUUCAAAAUCUGUAAUUAUGUUCUUUGUAUACUGCCUAAAUAAAUGCUUCAAACUGUAAA